AUGUGGAAAAUUGGGUGCAAAAAUCGAAGUUCGGUCAAAGUGCGAUGUUCGGUGACCGGUCACCUGACCAAUCAGCGUGCACAGAAUUUUGAUUACGCGGCAACCAAAAAAAAAGAAAACUCAAAGACAAGCCUUUACAAUAAAGAAAAAAAAAAUUCACGGGUCACACCACACAACACUCUUGAUACAUUUGAUAUUUAUAUAUUAUCAUUACCAGCAAGGUGCAGGUACAGCGUACAGGUGCUAAUUGAAUUGGGAAUAAAUAUAAAACUAAAAAAGGACCAUUUUUGUCAAUUAAUUAAAAUUUUGUCUGUGUUAGAUUUUUACUUAGAACUACUUACCGUGUUUUUUUUUUCUUUUUGUUAG